AUGCAGCUGCCGCGGAAACUUUGGGUACUCGGAGUCGCUGUGGGACGGGGGCGGCUUCCCCGCGCAGCGGAGGGGCCCUCGGGGCGGCGGGGACGCAGGCGGGGCCGGGGCGACCCCCGGAGCCCGCCGGGGCCCGGCACCGCCGGGGCGACCCUCGGAGCUCCCCGGGGCCCGGCACCGCCCGGGCGACCCUCAGAGCCCGCCGGGGCCCGGCACCGCCGGGGGGACCCUCAGAGCCCGCCGGGGCCCGGCACCGCCGGGGCGACCCUCGGAGCCCGCCGGGGCCCGGCACCGCCGGGGCGACCCUCAGAGCCCGCCGGCGCCUGGCACCGCCGGGGCGACCCUCAGAGCUCCCCGGGGCCCGGCACCGCCGGGGCGACCCUCAGAGCCCGCCGGGGCCCGGCACCGCCGGGGCGACCCUCGGAGCCCGCCGGGGCCCGGCACCGCCCGGGCGACCCUCAGAGCCCGCCGGGGCCCGGCACCGCCGGGGCGACCCCCGGAGCCCGCCGGGGCCCGGCACCGCCGGGGCGACCCUCGGAGCCCGCCGGGGCCCGGCACCGCCGGGGCGACCCUCAGAGCCCGCCGGCGCCUGGCACCGCCGGGGCGACCCUCAGAGCUCCCCGGGGCCCGGCACCGCCGGGGCGACCCUCGGAGCCCGCCGGGGCCCGGCACCGCCGGGGCGACCCUCGGAGCCCGCCGGGGCCCGGCACCGCCGGGGCGACCCUCGGAGCCCGCCGGGGCCCGGCACCGCCCGGGCGACCCCCGGAGCCCGCCGGGGCCCGGCACCGCCGGGGCGACCCCCGGAGCCCGCCGGGGCCCGGCACCGCCGGGGCGACCCCCGGAGCCCGCCGGGGCCCGGCACCGCCGGGGCGACCCUCGGAGCCCGCCGGGGCCCGGCACCGCCGGGGCGACCCUCGGAGCCCGCCGGGGCCCGGCACCGCCCGGGCGACCCUCGGAGCCCGCCGGGGCCCGGCACCGCCGGGGCGACCCUCGGAGCUCCCCGGGGCCCGGCACCGCCGGGGGGACCCUCAGAGCCCGCCGGGGCCCGGCACCGCCGGGGGGACCCUCAGAGCCCGCCGGGGCCCGGCACCGCCGGGGGGACCCUCGGAGCCCGCCGGGGCCCGGCACCGCCCGGGCGACCCUCAGAGCCCGCCGGGGCCCGGCACCGCCGGGGCGACCCUCGGAGCUCCCCGGGGCCCGGCACCGCCGGGGCGACCCUCGGAGCCCGCCGGGGCCCGGCACCGCCGGGGCGACCCUCGGAGCCCGCCGGGGCCCGGCACCGCCGGGGCGACCCUCGGAGCCCGCCGGGGCCCGGCACCGCCCGGGCGACCCCCGGAGCCCGCCGGGGCCCGGCACCGCCGGGGCGACCCCCGGAGCCCGCCGGGGCCCGGCACCGCCGGGGCGACCCCCGGAGCCCGCCGGGGCCCGGCACCGCCGGGGCGACCCUCGGAGCCCGCCGGGGCCCGGCACCGCCGGGGCGACCCUCGGAGCCCGCCGGGGCCCGGCACCGCCCGGGCGACCCUCGGAGCCCGCCGGGGCCCGGCACCGCCGGGGCGACCCUCGGAGCUCCCCGGGGCCCGGCACCGCCGGGGGGACCCUCAGAGCCCGCCGGGGCCCGGCACCGCCGGGGGGACCCUCAGAGCCCGCCGGGGCCCGGCACCGCCGGGGGGACCCUCGGAGCCCGCCGGGGCCCGGCACCGCCCGGGCGACCCUCAGAGCCCGCCGGGGCCCGGCACCGCCGGGGCGACCCUCGGAGCUCCCCGGGGCCCGGCACCGCCGGGGGGACCCUCAGAGCCCGCCGGGGCCCGGCACCGCCGGGGGGACCCUCAGAGCCCGCCGGGGCCCGGCACCGCCGGGGGGACCCUCGGAGCCCGCCGGGGCCGCGAUCUGUCCGCGCAUCCCUUCCGCGCCGCCGCUGCCCCCGUCCCGCACGAAGUUAGCGGAGGCCGGGGGAAGGCGGCGCCAUGGAGGCCGGGCGGGGCGUUCCGGGUGAGCGCGGCGGCCGCGGCCCCACUCGCCGCCGGCCCGAAGCGCUGCGCGGGGCCCCCGGCGGGGCGCGGGGCGUGGUGCCGGCUCCUGGGCGGGAGCAGCCGGCCCGGCCCGGCCCGGGCAUCGUCCCGGGCCCGCAGCGGCGGAGCAGCUGCGCCUUCCUGUCAGCAGCGCAGCUGGGAGCGUCGCUGUGGUGUUGAAGGAACCUCAGCGUUUUCUCUCCUGAUGCGGCUGCAUCGCUGUCAGCCUGGUUAG